AUGAUUGACGUCACGGAAGCGUCAACGUCACCUGUCUUUACCUGUUCUGUCUCGUGGUGUGGAUCAAGCACUUGCGUUCACUUAGUUGUUCCCGUACCGGUGCUGCUCUGGAGCAAAGGGAGGCAGGACCACAUCCUGGAGGAACUACGACUACCUUACGCUUCACCAAAUAAGAACAAGGAUACUACAUCUGCUUCACCAAGCUUUCAGCUUUGAUCUAACAACCAGGGUCAGAGCCCUUUAAAUUGGGCGCAACCUUUGCUCCAGUUGUCCCGCCUACACACUUCACACUCCCAUAACCCUCAGAGUAUUGCUCCACCCCACCCCAGCCUAAUUAUGGGCACCCUGUCUCACCAUGAGAAGGCCUACAUCUCCUUAACCUCAGGCCUGAAAGAGCUAGACCUUCGAGGGCCGGCCAUCCCAAGCGACCUGGUCCUGAUAGGAGACCACGCCUUCCCUCUGGCCAUGAACGCCCAAGGCCAGGUGCUGAUGGCUGCCUCCCUCUUUGGGCGUGGACGCAUGGUAGUCCUGGGUCACGAGAGCUACCUGACUGCCUUCCCCGCCCUGGUGGAGAACGCCCUCACCUGGCUCAGGGGCGAUGGAUCUGAAAACCCCCUGGUUGGUAUUCACCAGAGCUGUAAGCCAGUGGCGGAUAACCUCUGCCGGUCCGUGUUCCAGGCCCAGAUGGUGGGGGGCUUCCUCCAAGACCUGGGGGUGGGGGUGUAUGUGGUGGAUGCCUACAGCAUGGCUCCUGAUGUGAAGUCCCUGGUGGAGUUUCUGAAAGCUGGAGGGGGGCUGUUGAUCGCAGGGCAGGCCUGGUCCUGGGCUGGACAACACCCCAAGCAAGACGUUCUGAAGGCCUUCCCAGGGAACCAGGUGCCCAGCGUGGCGGGGAUCUACUUCUCUGAGCACUGUGGAGAGGUUGAUCUUCUGCCCGUUUAUCCUCAGAUUCCAACCUCCUGGCUGGCUGUGGUAAUUGGCAAGGACUUUAAGGAUGAUUUGGAGUCCCUUCUGCAGGGCGUGUCCGAGUUGGACAUCAGCGGUGGCGCGAUAGCCUCCGAGGUCCUCGUCCACGGCCCUCUGGCCUUCCCCAUUGGCACCACCCCGGACGGACAGGCUUUCCUGGCUGGAGCCUACUAUGGCCGGGGCCGGGUCAUCGUGACCACACACGAGGGCUUCAUGGGCCGGCAGAACCUCGCUCCAUUUUGGAAGAACGCUCUCCGUUGGUUGGAUGAGGGCCGUAACGGGGUUUUUGGAAUCCUGCCAAAACUUGACUACGCCAUGACCCUGUUCAGCCAGAUGGGGGUGACCUGUCAGAAGUCAGACUUCAGCAAGGACCUGAGUGUGUAUGUGUGCACGACUUACAGCAACAAGCAGGCAGAGGAGAUUCAGCAGUUUGUGGCUGAAGGAGGAGGCCUUCUGAUUGGUGGCCAUGCCUGGUACUGGGCCCAGAAUCACCCGGGGCAAAGCCCAAUGAAAGAUUAUGAAGGGAACCACAUCCUGAACAAGAUGGGCUUGAGUGUGCUGGGAUCCACAGUCAAAUCUGGAUGCUACAAGGCUCCCGAUCCCACCAAGGCCUGCAAGGACAACUAUCACUUCCGCCGCAUGUUGCGGCGCUUUGCCAGUCACGUGACCCAGGGGGAGGAGCUUACAGCCCACGAGCUGGUCGGUCUGAAAAAGCUAGGAGGCGACUGUGCCAGCUACCUGAACAUGAAGGCCCACAACUGCCCCUCCUACACCCAGGUGCUGUCCACCCUCACUGAGAUUGUGAUGAGGUCCGGCAUGCCAAAGGUGUGUGGUAGCUGCCCAGUGAGCAGCCCCAAGGACCACCUCCUCCUCAGUAUAGGGGCAGAGGUCUACAAGGUGUGCCCAGAUCCAGACGCUCUCCUGCCCUACCUCAUCGAGGACAACCCAGCCAUGUGUGUGUUCUAUAACUACAGGAUCCCAAUCAAUGUCGACACCGCAGGUUCAGAGUGGAUCAGUACUGGACUCUACCUCUCUCCUGGUAUGAAGACAUACAUGGCUUUCCCUGCACAGAUUGUCAACAAAGGAUGGCAUGUCCAGAUAGGAUGUCAGACCGAUCACCUCCGCCAUGAGACCCUCAAGCGGGCCCCACGCGUCCACGAGCGCUUCCCUGUCACCUCGGAGAUGAUGCAGGUGUGGAACCUGUGGGGGGGGCUCCUGUACAUGGUGACCCCGCCCAAGACGCAGGUGGGAGGUGCAGAGGUCAUGGUGCAGGUGGCUGUUCCUUCCCCCUAUUACAAAUCUGGUGUGACGACACCGGCCGACUGGGCCCUGAUGCGCCAGUCCCCCGCACCCUGGGCAGAGCUGGAGUUUGAGAACAUCAUCUUCACCGUGCCGUCCGAUGCCAUCCGACACCUGGAGCGCCCUGAUGAAGUGGCGGCUCUCUGGAAUAGGAUCAUGCGGGGGAUCGCAGACCUGGCAGCUGUUUCCCACAAAUACCCGCGCAAGGAACGUUUUGUCGCCGAUGUGCAGAUUUCCCACGGUUGGAUGCAUGCAGGCUAUCCCAUCAUGAUGUGCUCCUCUGUGGCCCCAGAACUGGUUAACCCAGAGGCCUCUGGACGCAAAAACCUCUGGGGCUUCAUCCACGAGCUGGGGCACAACCAGCAGAGGGGCUGCUGGGAGUUCAAGCCGAACACCACAGAGUGCACGUGCAACCUGUGGUCGGUGUACGUGAAUGAAGAGGUGCUGGGGAUUAAAAGGGCAGAGGCACAUCCGGCUUUGAAGCCUGAAUCUCGGUUGUCUCGCCAAGAGGAGUACGUCAAGAGUGGCAGAAACCUUGCGAGCUGGACUAUGUGGGUGGCCUUGGAAACGUACCUACAGCUCCAGGAGGCGUUCGGCUGGGCAGCCUUUAAGAAAGUGUUCGCCGCCUACCACGACAUGAGCGACGUGCCCGGGGACAACAAGGGCAAGAUGAACCUGUACACCAAGACCUUCUCCAUGGCCGUGGAGCACAACCUGUGUGCCUUCUUCAAGGCCUGGGGCUGGCCCAUAGAGGCCGCCACUGAGGAGGAGCUGUCCAAGCUACCUCCGUGGACCAACCACCCCAUGGCUCGCUAUCAGUGAACCUUCCUAUUGCUUCUGAAGAAGAGACGGAUGGAAAGCUAUGUUGUGGGACUCAAAGGCUUCUAUUCAUUUCCUUUUUAAGUGCUAUUGCACUAGUUGUGGUUGGUUAGAUUGCACUUUAUAUAUUUUACGCAGAUUUAGUGAGCUAAACUAGAUGUCUUACUUAUGAAGUACUUAAGCUCAGUUGUGUCUAAAAAAAUCGAAUUCUGUUAUUUUUCAUGGGCGAAAUACAUUGGCCUUUGUGUCUUUGGAAGUAUGUUAUUAGCAAUUUUAAAACAAUUUGUCAUGUUCUUAAACAUGGGAUCAGAAUUUUACAUCGUUAUGAAUUAUGUGACCCACAAAAUUAUCCAAAUUGAUAUUUGACGGCAUGGUUCUUAAGAAAUGAAGGGUGUUUUUUCCUCAGAAGGAAGGUCAAUCUUUUUAAAUGUAUCUGUAUUGGAAUAUGUGUAUUUUUUUCUUUGUUUUCCUAUCAAUUAUUACAUUUUACUGUGGGCCUUAUGAUGUGAAACUGAAUCUUUAACACAAUAAGACAAAUUCACCUAAUGUUUCUGUCAGUUCAUCGAAUUGCCUCAGGAAGAGGGUUUGUUCCAUUAUUUAGUAGUGAGAUUAAGAAGUGCAUUAAUAUAUUAGCUACUAAUUGUAAACAGUUUCUCUUUAGGACCAUUGACCCUCUCUAAGCAAAAGGCAGCCUUCGUUAACGUGCAUACCGGUCGACUUUGCAUCUCAAGCCAUUGUCGCUUAUGGUCGUUCAGACAGUGGAGCGCCCCAACUGAUCAAAGGAGGAAGCUCUGCCUCCAAAUGUUGAGGUAUUUUCGUGUAUGCGACAUGGUUGUUGGGCCAUUGUCAAAAACCACACAGGUCAAAAUACAGAGAAAAGAUACAGUGCUAUGAAGGAGAACAGAGAGAGUGGGGAUGAUGGAAAAAUAUGAACGCCUAGAGCAAAACCAGAAUAAUCGUAAUCGAAAAACAAUUUACAUAAAAAAAACAUUAGAUUGAGAAAAGCAUGUUGCAUAAAACCUGGGCUAGGGGUAUGAGCCAGUCAAGGAACUAGUAGAAAGGACAAGCUGGACAGCUAUGGGAGAGGAAUGCAUUUGGAUGUGGCAAGUCAGAUGCCUCAAAAUCCCAGAGCAGUCAUAUUAAUUUCCUGAUAAUCUUUGGCACCUUUGGCGGCUUAUCCUUUGGUAACGGAUGAGUUUUAGGCCCUAAGACCGUGCUAUAAAUUAAGCAAACUUCAGAACUCCCAGUCCAAAUCUAUGGGAGACUUUCUAUAAAACAUCUCAUCUGUCCCCGUACCCGUCGCUAUGGGCGGGCCAGUGGGGGCCAGGCCCUUUCACGCCCUUUCCGGUAGAGCCCAUGGGACCUAUGAAAUCGAAAAAUAUGAGUGGGUUUCAAUGGAGAGAAAGUAAUUAUUUUCUGGUCCGAGUCUUUAUAUUUCCCGGAUUACACAUAUGUUUUUUGUGGAUUUAAAUGAUAAUUUUUCAUGCAAAGAAAACUAAACAUUUUAUAUUCCCUGUAACCCUUAGGGCUGGAAUGUAGAGAAGGCUGAUGUUCUAAUCCAGGUGGAUCUAGUCCUGUGUUCUGAGUCCCAGGCUGUUCUAGCUGUUCCUUUUUGUUCUGACCACAAGACUGUUCUAAUCUAUCUGGUUCUAACUGUCAUUUGAAUGUUAAUUAAAACAUUUUGAAUUAUA